UGAAAAGUUAGAAGUGUUCGUACGUGAAAAUGUUUAGCGACAACGCGGUUCUCCUUACGGUAUAUUCGACGUUCAUGAAUCCACUAGCGACCUCUGCGGCGAAACGAGUUCGUAUAUCUUCUCUCGCUCAUUAUUACGUAUAAUAAAAGUCGUCGUCACUCACGCGUCCACUUUCGUGUUCGUAUAAAAUAAAAUAACAUUUUUAUUUUAUUUUCUUUUUGCUUUUCGUUUUGUCUGUCUGUCUGUCAGUCAGUCAGUCUUAUUGUUAGUUGUGUUCUGUAAACUGUGUGUGUGUUCUUUUUAAAAAGAAGUAAAAUGGCAGAUACCGCAGUAGCAUCCGAAACUCCAGCUCCGGCUACACCGGCGAAGAAACCGAAAGCGGCAGCGGCCGCAGCGGCCGCCGCCGCCGCCGCAGCGGCUGGAUCGAAGAAACCUAAGGCUAAACCUACGCAUCCUAAAACCGCUGAAAUGGUCAACAACGCCAUUAAAGAGUUGAAGGAGCGCAGCGGUUCAUCGUUACAGGCCAUCAAGAAAUACAUCGCCGCUCAAUACAAAGUCGAUACAGAGAAAUUGGCACCGUUCAUAAGAAAAUAUCUUAAGAGCGCCGUCGAAUCCGGUGCCCUGAUACAGACAAAGGGAAAGGGUGCUUCUGGUUCUUUCAAAUUGGAAUCUAAAUCAUCGGCAGCAAAGAAACCCUCAUCGUCGGGAGGUGGCGGUAAGGCCAGCGGCGGUGGUCCCGCCGGAGGCGGUAGGGCUGCAGCAUCUUCGGCAUCGGCUAAAUCUAAGAAAGCCGCCGCCACGGCAUCGGCAGUGGCCGCGAAGGGAGGUAAGAAAGGCGGUGCCGUAGCUUCGUCCGCUGCUUCUUCACCAUCUAAAGCUAAAGCAUCGGCGGCGGCGGCUAGGGAUAAGAAAGCGGCCGCAGCCGCAGCCGCGGCUGCCAAAAAGAAGCCAGCUGCUGCUAAGAAAGGUUCCGCAUCCGCCAACGCCUCUGCCGCAUCCUCAGCGGCAGCGUCUAAGGCCAAAGGAGCAGCAUCCAAGGCCAAGAAGAGCGCCAAACCUCCCACUAAGAAACCAAAAGCCCCGAAACCGAAGAAAGCAGCCGCCGGUACCCCGAAAUCGAAACCCGCAGCUAAGAAAGCAGCAGCAGCGAAAAAGUAAUAAUUUUUUUGUUUAAUAUUACUUUAUCUAUCGCGUAAAUCAGCGACGGCGGCGGCAGCAUCGGCACCGUGAGUUUGAGCGUCAUCUUCGAUUCCGUUCAAUGAUGAUG